AUGAGUGCUGCGAGAUCACGGCCGAACGAGAUGCAAUGGCUUGCACACAAGUCAUUCAUCAGGGAGGAGUAUCUUUUUAAAGACGUACCGGUGAAAACGCUUGUUGAGACUUUGGCAACUCGAGGCCUCCAUAUAACCAAGGCACAGCUAGAGUACAGACUCAGAAAGUGGCGGUUUUUGAAGUACCUCGACGAGCAGUUAUGGCAGUACAUCGAGCGCACGAUCAGCAGUCGUGAGAGUCAAAGAAAGAAGAGUGAAGUCAUCUUUUGCGGCAGACGAAUCGACAGGCUUAAAGUCCUGAAGGAGACAAGGCGUCAUAGAGAAACCAGCAUCUUCAAACAGCUGACCAUCCGUCCAGCAUCCCCAACAAACUCACAGCUUAUUGUUUGUACCCCGCCGCCUCUUGUUACAAAUACAGAGUGGCCUGAUUCUCUCCCAUGGUUUUGUUUUCUGAAUGAAUACUGGAACUCGACACAAGACCUCUUCAGAUAUGGAGACCUGAACAUUACUCAAACAUCACAGUUUGACCCGCCGCUCCAGAUACUUGGCAACCUAGGUUGGUUUCAAACUGGCGGAGUAACACGCGGCGUCUCAGAGCUGGUAUCUGUCCUCACAAGGAUCAUGCCAGAGUUGUACGCAGAAGAACAUUUUCACACGGCUCAAGGUCUCAUCAGCGGUCCAAAUGAUCGAUCAGCGCUCGAAUUGUUCAAGAUUCUGAUCUACAAGAUUUCGAAUGGUAUCGAGAGAGUAUAUUAUACUGAGACGAUUGGUCCAUUUUUGAGAAGUUGCCUGAUGGCUUUUCCAUUGGACCUAAAGAUACUUCGAAACAAAAGUAUUGUUUUACAAGCGUUCUUCGAUAAUUUGUUCAAACAAGAGGUCUUCUCGAGGGCUAGCAACAACCUGUUCACUUCCCCCUUGGAUACGAUCCGAUGGCUGCUGGAUUUAGGUCAAAAUCCAAAUUGUUGUUUGAAUGGUGUCUUUGGAGACUUUGGGACAUCUGUAAAGUCAGCCGUGAAGUCUGGCGACCUCGAGCUAACCCAGUUACUUCUGGACUGCCAUGUUCGUGUUCAUGGAAGUCAAGCGGAGUUUGAAGUGAGGACCCUCUUCAAUACUACAUGGUCAGGUGUCACAACCGUUGCGUCAAAGCUACGGAUGAUCCAGUUUGUAUUACGGUUUUACAACCGUCCUGAUUGGCCAAAGGAUGAUCUUUGGGGAGCUAUCUAUCAACGUGAUAUAGGACUUGCGAGGGAUAUUCUAGCUCAGGAUCCUGGUGCUACAGAGGAACAAGUACCAGUAAGAAAGGAUGAAAGAUACGUCUCAUGGAACCCGGAGACUUAUCUUGAAUUCAAAUCCACUUUGACUGCUGCUGCUAUAGCUGGAGACGACUUCUUGACCCUCAUGCUGGACAUUCUAGAAGGUUCGGGCAGACUGGCCAAUUCUAUCACAACUGAUCUUCUCAUAGCAUCCAGUUUUGAAAGAGAUGUUGAAAUUGUGCGUCGACUUCUCAAAUCUUGGACCCUUUCUAUUACCUGCAACUCCACGGGUGCCACUCCGCUACAAGCAGCGGUAGCAGGUGGCAACCUACCUGUAUGUGGACUCUAUCUCGAGAUAUACGGAGGAGUUUCCCCCGCUCUCAUGGCUCUAGCAGCUUGUAGGGGCCACGAAGAUGUGUUGUCCAUGCUCAUUAGCUUUGAAAACUGUGUCAAUGAACCUCUCACUAAACACGACUUUGUUGGGUUUAUGCAUCGUUGGAAAUGUCCAGCUUCCCAUAGAGAAACACCGUUCUCUAUCAUCGAAACAAUAAUUUAUCAAGGUAUCCUGGAUGGAGAUAAAGCGGUAGCAAAUUGCUUGACAAUUCUGAUUGAAGCAGGAGCAAGGUUCAAGGAGGGCGGAAUCGCGUAUUUAGCCCACCGCGGAGUGGAAGAACCUCUGAGGGCUGCGCUGGCUGCUGGUAGCAAUCCGGAUGAUCAAAACGACGAGGGGUUCUCAGCGCUUGAAUGCGCUUUGAAGCCACCAACAAGAUCCGGAAUGACGAUCAAAGGUUCUCUUGAAGCGCAUUCAAGCGCAUUGAAAUCAAUAAGAUUUGGACAAACGAAGGAUUCUUCUCUCAUUGUAGAGAUUCUCCUACAAGCGAAAGCCAGACUGGUCGGCGGCGAAGUUGUCACAGCAAUUAGGAAUCAUGACGAAGCUUCUUUGUGUCUUUUGCUGCGCCAUGGCGGAACCUUGAAAGAUACUGACAGAUGGGGAAGGAACUGUCUCGAAGCCGAAAUACUUGCGCAGAACAACGGGCUGAUCCAGCAAAUAGUAGAAGAAGCAAAAGACACCGUCGAUCUGGCACCUAUUUGCGCGGCUUUACAAAUGGAGGAUCGGGAACUGGUUCAACGACUUCUUCCUCGUCUUCAUGUACAGGCAGACUGUGACUUCAUCCAAGGGACCGCUAUUGGCUUGGCCGCCAGAUGCGGAUAUCUCGAUAUUUUAGAAGAGCUCCACGUCCGUUCUUCUCAACAUCUGAUAUCAGAUGAAGCCCUGCUUCCCUUCCACCGGAACGAUCUGCAUGGUACACUCGAUUUGACCGACUAUUACAUGGACGGGACAUCAGGUGUUAGCCUUAAAACUCAUCCGUUUAUAUAUCCGUGCAAAUGUGGUCACUUUACGCCAUUUCUAAAGGGCAGUCCUCUCGCAUUGGCUGCCCUGGGAGAGAAUUCUUCAGGGUUUCAGAGACUCCUCGAGAAAGGCUAUCGCGCAGAUUUCAUCACACUAACCGUUCUUCUGAAGUGGGGUGUGGCUACAGGCUUUGUAGAACUACUGAGAAGACACCAGCCGCGCCUUGAUGAUCUUUCACCAGUGCCCCGAAUGACUACACCGUUAUGCGUUGCCAUCCAAAAAGGGAACACCUUGUUGACAAACUAUCUAGUUGAGGCGGGCAUGGAUGUCAAUGGAUAUGAUAAGACUUUGCAAGGAAGCUACUCCCCACUUCAAAUCGCAGUCCGGAAAAAAGAUUUGACCUUGAUGGAUUAUCUACUUGCCAAAGGAGCAAGCGUGAACAGCCCACCGGGCUUUUUCGAUGGUCUUACUGCGCUACAAGCAGCUGUCAAAGGUGGCAAUAUCGGACUCGCAAAUAUGCUACUGCAGCAUGGUGCUCGCGUUAACGCAAGGGGCUCAAAAAUUCGUGGAUCAGCACUAGAAUUAGCAGCGUAUAGCGGCAACAUCGACAUGCUACAACUCUUGCUUCACCACGGCGCUAUCACCACAGGGCUCGGACGUGAGCAGUUCGUCAUGGCAGUUUACUCUGCAAUGCAGGGGGCAUAUCACACUGCAGCCCAGUUUUUGAAAGACAAACGUGGAUGGACCGAGGCGGAUGAGAGCCUACUGCAGCAUCUGAGCGAAGUCAAGGAUUCCAUCGUGUAUUUGGGUGAGGGCUGCAAGAUGUGUCGCACAUACUGCUGUGGCGAGAUUCAUGACACAGAUAGCCCGUGCAUACAUGACUUUUCAGCGGAGGAAGAAGAUUAUUUUGCUGCUAAUUGUCGGAGAUGUAACGAGUUUGACGACAUCGCGUCAAACUCUGGCGAUGUAGAAGACAUGAAAGCAACAUCGUGCGGUCAUGUAACUGCCAACCGGUCGUUGGAUUUGGAUGCAUAG